UCCGCCGAUCUCUCGGUCCUGCAAACGCGCGCCGGGCGCUUUCCCCGGAGCUCCGCGGUGCGUGCGAGCGCCCUUUUGCAGCAGCCGCGGCGGCGGCGGUCGGAGGGGGCGGAAAGGAGGGGGUAGCGGCCGGGGGGCGGCGUCCCCCCUCAAAACCGCCUGCAAAGUGCUCUGGGCUGCAGAAGCAGGCCGCCGGCUUCGCGGAGCAUUCCGCUGGCCCCGGGGCUGAGCGAGCGCGCGGGGCUGCCCGGCAGCGCCGCGGUUGCUGGUGGGCGCCGGUGCCCUCCGCGCGGGGCUCGGGCUCACCAUGCCCGUGCGGGGCCGGGCCGCCGGGCACAAGCGGAUUCCCGGCUUGCCCCCACCUCGAUGCGCUCGGAUUAGCUGCAGCCGGCUCCCAAGAAUUUGAAUCCAGACCCCGGGAGGGAUCGCGCCUAGGCCGACCUCGGAGUGGCGGCCCAGCGGCCAACAUGCUUCGCAAAGGGUGCUGUGUGGAACUGCUUCUGCUGCUGCUGGCCGGGGAGCUGCCGCUGGGCGGUGGCUGCCCGCGGGACUGCGUGUGCUAUCCGGCACCCAUGACGGUCAGCUGCCAGGCGCACAACUUCGCCGCCAUCCCCGAGGGCAUCCCGGAGGACAGCGAGCGGGUCUUCCUGCAGAAUAACCGCAUCACCGUCCUCCAGCAAGGCCACUUCAGCCCCGCUAUGGUGACCCUAUGGAUCUACUCCAACAACAUCACCUUCAUCCACCCCAAUACCUUCGAGGGCUUCGUGCACCUGGAGGAGCUGGACCUCGGCGACAACCGGCAGCUGCGGACGCUGGCGCCGGAGACCUUCCAGGGCCUGGUGAAGCUCCACGCCCUCUACCUCUAUAAGUGCGGGCUCAGCGCCCUGCCUGAGGGCAUCUUCAGCGGCCUGCACAGCCUGCAGUACCUUUACCUGCAGGACAACCACAUUGAGUACCUGCAGGAUGACAUCUUUGUGGACCUGGUCAACCUCAGCCACCUGUUUCUCCAUGGCAACAAGCUGUGGAGCCUGGGCCAGGACACCUUCCGGGGGCUAGUGAACCUGGACCGGCUCCUGCUGCACGAGAACGAGCUUCAGUGGGUCCACCACAAGGCUUUCCACGAUCUCCACCGGCUCACCACCCUCUUCCUCUUCAACAACAGUCUCUCCCAGCUGCAGGGAGACUGCCUGGCGCCCCUGGGGGCCCUGGAAUUCCUCCGCCUCAACGGGAACGCCUGGGACUGUGGCUGCCGGGCGCGUUCCCUGUGGGAAUGGCUUCGGAGGUUCCGCGGCUCCAGCUCUGCCGUCCCCUGCGUGUCCCCCGAGCCGCGGCAGGGCCAGGACCUGAAGCUGCUGAGUGCCGAGGACUUCAGGAACUGCUCGGGGCCAGCGUCCCCGCACCAGAUCAAGUCACACACGCUCACCACCACCGACAGGGCUGCCCGCAAGGAACACCAUCCACCCCGUGGCCCCACCAGGGACAAGGGCCACUCGCACGGCCACCUGCCUGGCUCUCGGAUAGGCUACAGGAAGCCAGGCAAGAACUGCACCAGCCACAAGAAUCGCAGCCAGGUCUGGAAGGCGGGUGCCGGGAAGCAGGCCCAGGAGCUGCAGGACUACGCACCUGACUACCAGCACAAGUUCAGCUUUGAUAUCAUGCCCACAGCACGGCCCAAGAGGAAGGGCAAGUGUGCCCGCAGGACCCCCAUCCGUGCCCCCAGUGGGGUACAGCAGGCCUCCUCAGGCAGUUCUCUGGGGGCCUCCAUCCUGGUCUGGAUGCUAGGGCUGGCGGUCACGCUCCGCUGAGGACCCAGGGCAGCAGCGCCCAGCACUGCCACAUGUCCACCAAGGAACAGAAUUUCUUUUCUUUUUUUUACCAGUGGAGGAUCUGCUGGGUUUCAGGCAGAGGCUGGUAAAGGCUUCGGCUGCUGUCUAGGCCCUGCCCGGUGGAUUAUAAACCCAAAGUGUACAGCCCCAAGUGGGAGGGGAUUAGCACACCUCACCCCGCUGUCCCAGCCAGCCCCGCGGAGCAGCCAUGGACAGCAGCCAUCCAGCAAGGCGGUUGACACUCACAAGGCGAAUCCUUCAUAAACAACAAUGGGACAGUGCCCCACAGGAGCCUGGCUCUGUGGAAUCCUGGUCAUUUGGAGAGGUUUGAAGCGCCUCCAUCAUUUUUGGAGGAAGCAGGACUCAGAGGAACAGACGAGGCUCACCCCAAAAGGCUGGGUCGAUUAGCCGUCUGGGAGCACAUAUGCAGGUGGCCUUUUGGCUUUUGCCUGAGGCCACUUCGUCAACUUGCCCUGAAUCCAACAGUUUGCCACCUUCAGUACCUCCCUCAGGGUGACGCCUCUUAUUCCUGAUGUCUCAGGCAACCCUGGCAGACCCAGCCCAGACCCUGGGCUCCAAGAACCAAUUACCAAAGGAAAGAUCAUCAGAGGCUGAAAUUCAGAACUUCAUCACGUGCACUGAGGCUCUCCCAGGAGGUGCAGUUUUAUAACUAUGUCCACUUAUACAUAUAUACACACACACACACUCUACAUAUAUAUAUAUAUAUAUAUACGUACACAAAGGCCCAGGUCCCCGCCCCACUCCCUUACCAAACUGUAUGUCUUACCAUGUUUAUAAACUAUACAGAAAACUAUAUCUGCUGAACUAAGGAUUGUAUUGGUGAUUUCUAGCAAGAAAAGAGUUAGAGAAUUUUUGUCUAGGAUCCCAACCUGCAGCAAUCAUCCCUAUGUAACCUGGGCUUGCCAAGGGCCUGGGGCAAAUGGUUAUGGGGAGGUUCAGGGAGAAGGGGAGGCAGCAAGAAUCACUUCAGGGGACCAAUAUUCUAGAUAGUUAGAGCAUCACCUCGUUUUUAUCCGCAGCACAAGCCCAUUGCUGCCUGGGAAUACUGUCACCCCCACCAUAGCAGCUGUUGGCAUCAGGGCAAGAAGUGAGAAGCGUCAUGUUGGACAUCAUGGAGCCAGGUCCUGGGGACAGGCUAGACGGAGAAGGGGAAGGAAGGAGCUUUGGGUUUUUUCGGCCAUUGGGUGAGGCAGCCUUCACAGUGUUAGUUCAACAGGCUGGACAAUGUCGUCAGCCCAGCGUUUGCCAGCGGCAGUCUGUCCAGGCCAGGGAGACCCUGGACAAGAUCCCAGGCCUCCAUUACGGCUCAGCUGCAGAAUUUUUUCUUGAGGCUCUUUGAGAGGCGUCCUAGCAAGGGCCCUGGGUAGGGUGGCAGGAGGGAAAGUAUCAGGUGGCCUUAGCAGAAGGGGAACAAUGAGGGCAUUUCAAGAACCAUCUCAGGCACUUCUGCAUUAUGGAGGCCCCAUCCCUCCUGGCCCUUCUGAAGAUGCCCAGGGAUGGGCAGCGGUCAGUGGGCCAGACUCAGGGGUCAGGAGCGGGCAUGUGCAGGGAACGGAGCAGGCCAGCCCAGAUAGGGCACAGGGGCUCCCGCCCAGGUUGGCCAUGCUACUGGCAGGGGUCUGGGGAGGCACAAACUCCUUUGCGCUUUGCACAAACCUGAAUUCCCCACCAGAGAGGAUGUGUGUGAGGAGCAAGAAACACUGAAUCCAAUUAAAGAGAGAAAAAUAAUAAUAAAAAUUUUCUC